AUGGCCACCGCUAUCGGAGUCGUCUCGGGCGUUAUCACGAUCUUUUCCUUUCUCCAGGACAUGUUUCCCGCCCCUGACAACCCCAGUGCCAAGUUUGCAUUCAAAGUCGGCCUGGACGGUGCAGGCGACCCGCCUCUGACCAACGCUGGCGGCGAGAAGCCUGACGUUCGCUGUUGGAACGAGCAAGGUGGCUUCCUCGGUAUAGAAGUCAACGACGGCAACAGGUGCGAGAACGGCGCCGAUCUUUGCGAGACUACCGUUUCCGAUGUCGUUCAGCAACCGACUUACACACUCUUCACCGGUAACGACGACGCCAUCUGCCUGGCUUGGGCUUCUGUAACAUUCCCUGGUGGCCAAAAGUACGCCACUACUAUCGGAAACUGGGCACAGAGCUGUGAUGAAGCUUAUGGCAAUGGUGGCAAUUGGUAUUAUUCCGACAUCUACGUGCCCAGAGAGAACGGUGCCGAUGAAACAGUUUUCUGCGCCUGGGUUGACAAGAACGGCGACGUCGGGACUACAGGAAUUCAGCUUCACUGGCCUGAGUACGCCUCUGAGAACGGCGCCAACGAUCUUGGCUACUACUGCAACAAUGACCCCCCUCUCAGAUUUACCACUGAGUCCGACCCUUCGGAUGUCAUCUUCUGGACUCGCCGGCGUGAUCUCUUCUCUAGCGAACCCUCCGUUUCUGCUGCGGCUGCACCGUCACCGGCCGAUAAGCAACGCCGGGUUGUUGACCAGCAGCACGAACGUCUGGCACAACGCUUUUCAAACGACUCGCGCCUUGUGAAAAGUAAGCUGCCAGCUCAUACGGCCUCAGGUCUUUGUAGCGGGGGCAAGUCUGUUGGGCCAAGCUUCGUGUCUUAUGACGAGCGUAUGUUCUGCUAUAUGCCGACUAAGACUGUUUACCCAUUCUGUGACGACAUCGACGGCGGCGCUUGCUGGUCCGAGGAGGAGAACAAGGUUAUUGAUAAGGGGAAUGCUGGAGCUCGGAUUCCUGAGGUCCCUGCCAUGGAAUUCAACAAUGUUCUACUGUGGGGCGAUAAAUAA